AUGCUUGCCCCUACUGCGGGGUCUGUGCUGGAUGCUGUCGCCGGGACCAACGCGCGAUCUGGGGCCAUCGAUUUCCGCGGGCAGGCGACUCUGGCCCCAGCGGGCGCCCGCGGCCGCCGCCCAAGGUCAGCCGGGCCGCGCGGCGACGGCGCUCGCUCACCGAGCCGGCGACCGCCGAGGUCUGCUUCGGGCUCGCCCAGCAGUGCUUCAGCCCGCGUCCGGCCUCAGGCACCCUCCCCCUCGACCCUGGGGAGGAACGGGCCAAGGGCGACUUCGCGAGAGCCGCCUGCUGCGCUGGCGCCAAACGACGUCAUCGACGAGAGGCUGCUGAAAAUUCACGCACACCUUCGUGAGCAAUCAGAACACGGGGAUCGGAUGUCUGUGAUUGGCAGCCGUUUUCGUAUAAGACUUACAGAUGUACGUGCUUGCUUUGUGGUGACAGGUGUUACGACGCAUGAUGCUUGGAUCACCACUUUUCCCCACUCCAACACGUAUUUCGAAGGGUUGGACGUCGCUUUCACGAGGCAGAUGUUGCGUUCAGAGUGCAAUGCUUUCGGCCACGUGAUCACGUGCAGGAUCCUCUCGAAGGGGCGUGCUGGAAAUUGUGUCAUGGUGAAAUUUGAAGCUAUCCGAGGCGCACUGGUCGCUUCAGUGGGCUUGAAGGAGAGGCACCCGGAGUGGAACAUCACAUAUGCAGCUCGUGACGCGGGGCCCACUGCCAACUUCUGA